CGUGCUCAAGAUAAUAAUGCUUCAUAGAAGGUUAAAGAAUAACAGAUCUUUCUGUUGUCUUCCCAUAGCUACUGUUUUCAUGGUUUGCGUGGUUUCUCACUAUAUAGUCUGGGAAGCAAACCGUACUUCUCCGAUGACAGCAGGAAGGAAGAUCGCGUUCAAUCUCAGGCAUGAGUCAGGCUGUCAAGGAAGUUGCGAUUACCAUAAUGACGAAGAUGAACAACUUGCCUCCUGUGUCCACCGAGUGUUGCAUCUAUCGAGUGCCUGAGAAGUUCCGCAGAGUAAACGCAGAGGCCUACACUCCGCAAGUCAUCUCCAUCGGGCCGCUCCACCAUGAUAAGACAAAGCUUCAGUCUAGGGAGGAGAUCAAACUAAGGUACUUGAAGGAAUUCCUCCGCCGUGUCAAGGCCGACCUCCUAGCUUGUACCAGAAUCAUCGGGGAAUCGGAAGACCGCAUUCGGCAAUGCUACCAAGAAAAUCUUAUUCAAGGCAGCGAAGAGCUCAUUGAAAUUAUUUUGGUGGACGCAGUUUUUGUAGUUGAGCUUUUCAUAAGGAACCAUUACGUUGAGCACCGAGAUGAGAACGAUGAGAUAUUCUGCAAGCAGUGGAUGAGCAAUGGCGUAUUCCGCGACGUCCUGCUCCUGGAAAACCAAGUUCCGUUUUUUGUCCUCGAGAAUCUCUAUAACCUCACUGCAUUUAGGACCGCUGUCACAUUCUUCAAGCUCAGCUACGAGUACUUCAAAGAUGUCUUGCACGGGCACGAGCUUGCAGGCACGAGAUUUCAGGUGCGGCACCUAGUGGACUACGUGCGAGCCCUGCAACUGCCCUCAUUCCCGCGGGGCGUGACGUCCAAACUGGCCAAAUUCGAGCUGACUCGCAGUGCAAAGGAGCUGCACGAGGCCGGCGUCAAGUUCAGACAGGCUGAGGGAACCUCAUCCGUGCUCGAUGUCAUCUUCAGGGACGGGACCCUUGAGAUGCCACACCUGGUUGUGCACGAGUGGACUGAGGUGUACUUCAGGAACAUGAUCGUGUAUGAGCAGUGCCACCACGAAUACAAGUACAUCAGCAGCUAUGCCGUCUUCAUGGACAGCCUCAUCAACACGCCAGACGACAUUGACAUUCUAAUCCGCUAUGGGAUUUUGGAAAAUCAGCUUAAGAGCGCAGAUGACGUGGCUAAUCUCAUCAACAGCAUGUACAAGGAGAUCAUGAGGGAAUCCAGCCAGUUCUACUCAAGCCAGUGUGAAGAAAUGAAUGCGUACAGCCGGACCCGGUGGCACCGGUGGAAGGCUGCCUGGUACCGAUGGAAGGUCAUCCUCAACCGGGACUACUUCAGCAACCCGUGGUCCGGGAUCUCUGUGGUCGUCGCUGUGGUGCUGCUCGUUCUGACCCUGGUGCAAACUGCGUGUUCCUUGAUGGAUACUUACACAGGUGACGCCCGGAGAUUGUUCCAUCGGCACUAGUAAUGCACGUUGGAAUAAACUUCUCCCAAACUAUUCUUUGAUUGACUAGUUCUAAUUUUUCUCUUUCAAUUCCUCAUUGAUCUCUUUAUUGCUAAGUCGAAUGAAACCAGAAGUACGACAUUAUUUCUGCUACAUAUGUAUCUAAAUUAAGUACUAGAACGGUUGUUUUCUCUUUUUGGGCAGAAUUACGCAGGACUUGCAGAUAUUGUCUUGACAAGCUAUUCAGAUAUCUGCAUAAGGGAAAGUAUUUUAUGUGCUGGUCACACGACUGACACAGUGUGACUGACCAAUCAUGCAUAUUGUUCACCUUGUUUCAUUGCUUCAAGCCAGUGCAGAAAUGAUGUUUGAGUUUUGACCAUUUUUAUGGAAACUCUGGCUAGAGAAACAGUAUGAGAAGUAGAAGUACUACUCAAGUUCAAGGUCUGCAACUAUGAACUCUUGAUGCAUGUAUCCUUCUUCGUGUUUCUGAUUUCUCUGUACAGCGAAGGUACUUGCUCG